UGAAAAUGAGGUUAAGUUUAUAAAAUUAGUUAAAUAACAAACGUAUUAUUUAUUAUACGGAAUUUUUUUAUUGUUAACAUAUUCCUAAAAAUCAAAAUGAAGAAGUAUCCAUAUAAGAAUGCAAUACUCGAUAAACUGCAUAGAGGAUUUGUGUAUUCAUGCAUUGGAUUAACUUUGUAUGCUGGUACAUAUAUCGCCGUUCAUUAUUUCAAUUAUUUCACUCAAAUUAAGCCCGAAAAAGACCAUAAAAGUCUUUUAGAAAACCAACAAUUGUUAGCAGAAGGAGCUCCAGAUACGGCAACUUCUUUAAUAGCUUAGUAUUUUUUGUGUUUUCUAAUUUAGUACUCUGUAGUCGGAUUCUGAAAGUACGUGUAAAUAAAUUAGGUUGACAUUUUA